AGAAUUUACAUAACACAAGUAUUGAAGAUUAGAAAAUUCGAUAAGUUGGCUACAUGUUUAUAUAUUUUUUUAGUUGGGGCUAAGCUGGCCUUAGCUUACCCUUUAGCCCAUAACCUUUCUAACCAAUCUUUACGGAUUUGCCACUCUCGCCGCCACACCAUGGCGACGCCAAUCAAGCUUACUAGUCACACUCUACUCUGCUUCUGCUGCUUCCUCCUCUUGUUCACAAUUCCACCGCCGUCGGUGGCGGCCGGAGACUCCUCCUCACCCUCCCAAGUCAUCUCCCGAUUCCAGCAAUACCUCCAGAUCAACACCGCCCAGCCCACUCCCGACUACCACCUCGCCGCCGAGUUCCUCAUCUCUCAAGCCGAUUCCAUCUCCCUCCCAUCCCGCUCCAUCGAAUUCGUCCAUGGCAAACCCUUGGUCCUCAUCCACUGGCCCGGAUCCGACCCCGACCUCCCUUCCAUCCUCCUCUACUCCCACACCGACGUCGUCCCCGCCGAACCCCACAAGUGGGACCACCCUCCUUUCUCCGCCCACCUCGAUCCCUCCUCCGGCCGCAUCUUCGCCAGAGGCUCCCAGGACAUGAAGUGCGUCGGGAUGCAGUACCUCGAGGCCGUCCGCCGCCUCAAGGCCUCUGGAUUCCGACCCCGCCGAUCCGUCUACCUCGCCUUCUCCCCCGAUGAAGAAAUCGGCGGCCACGAUGGCGCCGAAAAGUUCGCCUAUUCCGAUGUCUUCGACGCCUUGAACGUCGGCAUCGUCCUCGACGAAGGGCUGGCUUCGCCCGGUGAAAGCUACAGACCGUUCUACGCUGAAAGGAGCCCCUGGUGGCUGGUGAUUAAGGCCAUGGGAGCUCCAGGCCAUGGAGCUAAGCUUUAUGACAACAGCGCCGUGGAGAAUCUGUUCAAGAGCAUCGAGUCAAUCAGGAGGUUUAGGGCAUCUCAAUUUGAUUUGGUGAAAGCUGGAUUGAGAGCUGAAGGGGAGGUCAUUUCUGUUAACAUGGCCUUCCUUAAAGCUGGCACUCCUUCUCCAACUGGUUUUGUCAUGAACCUGCAACCAUCUGAAGCAGAAGCAGGUUUCGAUAUUCGUAUCCCGCCAACUGCUGAUCCUGAAUCGUUGGAGAGGCGGAUCAACGAAGAGUGGGCGCCUGUUUCACGCAACAUGACAUUCCAGUUCAAGCAAAAGGCUUCCGUGUAUGACAAGGAAGGGAAGCCCAUGCUUACAAAAACAGGGAGCUCAAAUCCGUGGUGGAUACUGCUCGAGGAAGCUGUAGCGAAAGCCGACGGAAAGCUUGGUAAGCCAGAAAUCUUUCCUGCAGCAACAGACUCUCGCUACUUCCGAGAACGGGGUCUGCCAGCCAUCGGCUUCUCCCCAAUGGCCAAUACACCUGUUCUUUUGCAUGAUCACAAUGAGGUACUGUUUCUAGCUGCCAGCUCUUUCAUUGAUUUCCUGGUCCAUGAGUGAGUAAGUUUGCUUCAGUCCAUCCACUAGGAAGUCCAUUGAGAUUGUUUCUCUGCUGUCAUGACCAUUGUCUUUGCCGAUAGGAGAACCAUGCUUGAUUUGAGGUUUUUGGUUGUGAUGCAUACUCUUAGAUUAUAGAGUCUUUGAAGCUAUUCGAGACUUGUUGAACAUUACCAACCAGCACUGCUAUUGCUUUAUGUUUCCCCAGCAUUUGUAACGUGGCAUUGUUAACUUGAUGCAGUUCUUGAGCAAAGCUGAGUAUCUUCUGCUAGUUGAACUUGGCAUUGUGAAUAUAUCCCUUCCUCUUAGCUUACAAUCUCAAUUUGUGAUGAGUAUCCCUUCGUAUCUUGUUAAAUACAACCGCGUUGAGUGAAUUCUGGUGUCGCAAGCAAAUGGUGGCUCAUCUGAUAUGCAGUAAUGAACUGAUACACAAAGCAGGUGUCCUCUCUGGAGCUUAGCACAGG